CUCGCGAGACUUGGCGGGAUCAGCCCCGGCGAGGCUCACGCGGCGGCCUUUCUCUCUCUCUCUCUCUCUCUCUCUUUCCAAGAUGGCGCCGAAAGUGAAGAAGGAGGCUGUCCCGGCAAAGACCGAGGCGAAAUCCAAGGCCCUGAAAGCCAAGAAGGCGGUCCUGAAAGGGGUCCACAGCCACAAGAAGAAGAAGAUGCGCACGUCCCCCACUUUCCGGAGGCCCAAAACCCUGCGGUUACGGCGGCAGCCCAAAUACCCCCGGAAGAGCGCGCCUAGGAGGAACAAGUUGGACCAUUACGCCAUCAUCAAGUUCCCGCUGACCACGGAGUCGGCCAUGAAGAAGAUCGAGGACAACAACACCUUGGUCUUCAUUGUGGACGUCAAGGCCAACAAGCACCAGAUCAAGCAGGCCGUCAAGAAGCUGUACGACAUUGACGUGGCAAAAGUCAACACGCUGAUCAGGCCCGACGGCGAGAAGAAGGCCUACGUUCGUCUGGCUCCAGAUUACGACGCUCUAGAUGUAGCCAAUAAGAUUGGCAUCAUCUAAACGAAACGUGGCCGGAAACUGCACAGAGCUCCUCAAUGUAGUUGUAGCCAGGGAACCUGCAGAUUGUACAGAUGUUGAUACGCCAUUUGGCCCAUUAAACCCACCUUUGAACACCA